AAUCGGUGGAGUAUGAAUUAUUUAACUUAUACCUGUGUAGUUUUCAAUCUUUUAAAUUUAUCUAUUAGUACAAUUCCGCAUCUAGAUGGAAGAAUAAUCGGUGGAGAAGAAGCAAACAUCACUGAUUUUCCAUAUCAAGUUUCGUUAAGAUGCUUAGGCGCUCAUAAAUGUGGUGCAUCUAUUUUUCACCCUUCUUAUGUUCUGACGGCUGCUCACUGUGUAGAAAAGGGAUUAGCCAUAAGUUAUUCAAUCCGAGCUGGAAGUAAUUUCGUGUCCAAAGGGGGAACAGUGAUUAAUGUCUGUAAGGUGGAAAUUCACGAGAACUACUCUGCAGAAACUAUGGUUAACGACAUCGCUGUACUCACGCUGUGCAGUCCUAUCACUUUCAGUGACUCCAUUUUACCAGUAACAUUAGCAAGUGUUACAGCAACGCCAGUAAUAGGAAAAAGAGGUUUGGUAACAGGAUGGGGCUUUACUGAGGAAGACGGUUCAGUAACUAGUUCAUUAAAAAAAGUAUCAGUACCUAUAAUCACAAAUAGUCGUUGUCAAGCACUCUAUCCGGAUGAAAAAGUAACGGAUGACAUGAUUUGUGCCGGAUAUAUUGGAACAGGAGGUAAAGAUGCUUGCCAGGGUGAUUCUGGAGGUCCUUUAAGGGCCAAUGGACAAUUAUAUGGAAUUGUGUCUUGGGGAUAUGGAUGUGCAAGACCGUGGUUUCCAGGAGUCUAUACGAAUGUGGCUAAAUAUCGUAACUGGAUCAGAUCUAAAAGCUCUUCGACACCUUUGAACAUCAGUGAAUAUCACCUAGGAAUUGUUGGAGGUCAAAAUGCUUGGAUAGAAGAUUAUCCCUAUCAAGUAUCAAUUCUUUAUCAAGGUUCUCAUGGUUGUGGGGGAUCUAUAAUUGAUGAAAAUCACAUUUUAACUGCUGCACACUGUACAUAUAAUGUUGAAGAAACAAUCCUCAGCGUUAGAGUGGGAUCGUCUUGGAGAAACGAAGGAGGAGCAGUUUAUGAUGUAGGAAAAAUCGAAGUCCAUCCCGAUUUUGAUGAUCUAACUUUCGACUACGAUAUAAGUAUCCUUAGACUGACAACGUCACUUGAUUUCGGUAAGGGAGUACAACCAAUCACUUUAGCUACGGCAGGUACCCAAAUCGAUGAUAAUUUGGAUGGCUAUGUUACUGGUUGGGGAAAACUUGGAGAACAGGAGCCGAUGUCCAAUCAAUUACAAGUUGUCGAAUUACCCGUUAUUUCAACACAGACUUGCAGUCGCUAUUAUCCAACGGGAUUCAUAACAGAGAGAAUGUUUUGUGCAGGAUAUAUUGGAGGGGGAAAGGACACAUGUGAUGGUGAUUCAGGAGGACCAAUUGUAGUAGCUGGAAUACAAAUCGGAAUAGUUUCUUGGGGAAUAAUAUGUGCAGCGCCCGAUGAACCAGGAGCGUAUAGUAAAAUUCCUGAACUAGUUGACUAUAUAAACUCAAUAAUAAAUUAGUUUUUUCCAUUA